AGGGCGCCGGCCUCGCUGGCUGCGCCAUGGAGCUGCGGAUCCUGGAGCUCCGCGUGCGGGUCCUGAGCCUGGCCCGCCGCGGCCUCUGGCUCUACACCCACCCGCUGCUCAAGAUGCUGCUCCUGCCCCAGCGCAGCAGGUGCAGGUUUUUCAGCUUUACAGAGACUCCUGAAGACUACACCAUCAUGUUGGAUGAAGAAGGCUUCAAAGAACUCCAUGCCUCUGAGUUCCUGCAAGUGGUGGAUUCCACGUGGCUCGUGCUGAACGUCUUGUCCAACGGCAGUGCCUCCCUCAACAACCAGCCGAUCGGAGUCACCAAGAUUGCAAAAUCCGUCAUUGCACCGCUGGCCGAGCACAAUGUCUCCGUUUUGAUGUUGUCCACAUAUCAGACCGAUUUUAUUCUGGUACGGGAGAAGGAUCUGCCUGUGGUCAUCCACACUCUGGCCAGCGAAUUUGAAAUUUAUAAGGAGGUGAAUGGAGAACCGGUCCCUGCAAACUGUGAAGACAUAAGCAACGGAUUCCACAAGGCAAAGCAAGAGUUCAACGCCACGGUCCAUCCAAUACAAACUCCACAGAACAGAUUCUGCAUCCUUAGCAUCGCCCCUGAAACCUUGCCAGCCAUUGCCACAAAACUCAUCGAUGUCCUGUUCUACACAGCCAGCCCGCCGAAAGAUGCCUCCGCUAACAACCAGGACGCCAUUACUUUCUUUGCCUUCUCCCUGAUUGAGGGCUACAUCUCUAUCGUCAUGGAUGCAGAGACCAAGAAAAAAUUCCCUAGCGACCUGCUGUUGACCAGUUCCUCUGGGGAGCUGUGGAGGAUGGUCAGGAUUGGCGGGCAGCCCCUUGGCUUCGAUGAAUGUGGGAUCGUGGCCCAGAUUGCUGAACCCCUGGCCUAUGCAGACAUCUCCGCCUAUUACAUCAGCACCUUCAACUUUGACCACGCCUUGGUUCCAGAAGAUGGCAUUGAUGAGGUCAUUGAAGUGCUCCAGAAACGCCAGGAGGCUGGGAGAUAAACACCUGGGCUCCCUUUGUGGGUUUCAGAAGCCAAACUGAUGGAUGUGGUCCAGCCCUACUCCCUACAGAUGUUCCUGGAGAGAGAGAGAGAGAGAGCCUGGGAGCCCAGCUCCUCUGCAAGCCAAAUUAUCUUUCUGGGGACUCGUAUCUGCAUGGAGGACACCCUAAUAUUUUCACUUGAGGGUACCCUCCAUUUCUCCCAAGGGAGAAACAUGUGCCUUGUUCCCCAAAUUCUCCAGAUUGAUCAACAGGGUGGAAUUUUCUGGGUAGAUAUUCAGUAUUACCGCUUCUUCUGGUUUUCUCAGCCAUCUUCAUGAUCCUUGAUUAUCUGUUGUCUCCAGAGACUAGCAGACAAAUUCCAAUACAUGUUGACCAACCUCUUGGUCAAGAUGAA